AUGGCUCCUGCAUCUGCCCGCAAGCAGCAAAAGGUCACGAAGAAGUACGUGAUCAACUGCUCCCAGCCAGCCAACGACAAGAUUUUCGAUGUCGCCGCAUUCGAAAAGUUCCUUCACGACAGGAUCAAGGUCGAGGGCCGCGUAGGCAAUUUGGGCGACUCCAUCCAGAUCUCCCGCACUGGUGAUGGAAAGGUUGAAGUCGUUACUCACAUCCCCUUCUCGGGCCGCUACUUGAAGUACUUGACCAAGAAGUUUCUGAAGAAACAGCAGCUCCGUGACUGGCUUCGUGUUGUCUCUGCUGCCAAAGGAGUUUAUGAGCUUCGCUUCUACAACAUCGUUAACGACGAAGCCGAGGAGGAUGAAGAUUAA